AUGCCACCUAAAAAGCAUAUUGUUUUCACCGACGAAGGAGACACAGUCUCAAAACUUCCUGAACCUUCUAAACCUGAACCUAUUAAUCAUACAAAUGGAAAAUCUGCAAAAUCUAAGAGAUCAAUAGAUUCGGAUGCUAGUUCCCAAAAGCAUUUCAAGAAACCAAAACAGAAUGGAACAGCACAUACUCAAGCUACUAAUAAGCCAGUAGCAAAAAAAGCAAUAGUCACACCUAAAUCAAAUGGAUCCACUGUGAAAAAGUCUAAUAAACAAAACUUGCGAAAGGGAAAAGAUGUUCGAUUUUUUGACUCGGAAGACGAAGAAGACUUAAUAGCUAGUUCAGAUGAUGAAUCUGGUAACUCCCAUCAAAAGCACAAACAUAAGCUUAAGCUAAAGAGAAUUGAAGUUAAAGAAUCUCUUGCCAAAGUGCGGAAAAUUUUGCCAAUGUACCAAGCUAAAGAUGAAGUGAUUGAACGCAUAUUUGAUAAUGAAGUUACUGUUCUUUUAGGUGAGACUGGUUCCGGUAAAUCUACACAACUACCCCAGUUAAUAUAUGAUCACCUUCAAAAAGAUAAUAAAACAAAGAAUUUUAAAAUUGCAUGUACACAACCUCGUCGUGUUGCAGCUAUCAAUCUUGCAACUCGUGUGAGCCAGGAAAUGGGUAUUGAGCUCGGAGGAAAAGUUGGUUACUCAGUUCGUUUCGAUAAUAAGUCGGAUCCAGCUAAAACUCAAAUCAAAUAUUUGACUGAUGGUAUGCUUUUAAGAGAACUUAUGCUUGACCCGGAGUUAAGCCAAUACCACUUUGUCAUUUUAGAUGAAGCACACGAAAGAACUCUCUUAACCGACUUAUCAAUGGGUAUUUUAAAAUCAAUUCAAGUUAAACGCCGAGGUACCAAAAAUCCUCUUAAAAUAAUUGUCAUGUCUGCCACUCUUGAUGCAGAAAGAUUCAGUUCAUUUUUUAACGAUUCCGAUAUCUUAUUUGUUGAGGGUAAAAUGUAUCCCGUUCAGAGAUACUAUUUGACAACUCCGAUUGACGACAUUGUUGACUCUAUGAUUCAAACUGUUUGUCAAGUUAAUCUUUCAGAACCAACAGGUGAUAUCCUUACAUUUUUGCCCGGUCAGGACGAAAUUGAAAAAGUUGUCCAGCGUCUCAAUGAAAUUGCUAAAAGUUUACCCAAAGAAGCACCCUUGAUAGUCGCAUUACCUCUGUAUGCAUCGUUGCCAAGUGCUGCCCAGCAAAAAGCAUUUGAGCCUCUUCCUAAAAAUAGAAGAAAAGUAAUUUGUGCUACAAACAUUGCAGAAACAUCUCUUACACUUCCUGGAGUUCGCUAUGUCAUUGAUAGUGGCCUUAGAAAGGUCAAAGUUUUUAGGCCCAAUUUGGGCAUGGAUACCUUGCUUACCGUACCCAUCUCUCAAGCUGCAGCUAAUCAAAGAAUGGGUCGUGCCGGUCGUGAAGCUGCUGGAAAAUGCUAUCGACUUUUCACAGAAAAAACAUACACAGAAGACCUUCCUAAGCAGACAGAAGCCGAAAUCACCAGAACUGAUGUUUCUAGUGCAGUACUCCUUCUCAAACGUGCAGGGAUCAAUGAUGUCUUAGGAUUUGAUUGGCUUGAAUCGCCGGGUAAAAAAGCGAUUAAGGCAGCAUUGCUUAAACUUUACGGAUUAAAAGCUCUUGAUGAGUCGGGUAAUAUUACCGAACUGGGUCAAAAAAUGGCCCUUCUUCCGGUUUCUCCACAACUUGCUGCGGUUCUGUUGCAAGCUUCAAAUAUUGGAGGUCUACAGCUUUUAUCUACGGUUAUUGAUGUUACAGCAUGCCUUUCUGUUGAGGGAUUAGUUAUGAAUCCACACCCUGAAAUUCGUGAUGAAGUUAAUGAGCGCCGAAACAAGUUGUUUUCAGGUGCCAUUGAAUGGGGUGACUUAAUCAUGCUGAAAGAAAUGUAUGACAUAUUUUUACAAAUCCCCGAUGUUUCUGAACGCAAGCUUUGGUGUAAAGAAGUUUGCAUUAAUUACAAGGGCAUGACAAACGUAGUCAAGGUGCGACGUCAAAUUAAGGGUUAUAUGGAAACUCUUCUUGGAAUUAAACCUUCUGGCCAGAAAAAGUCUAAGAAAAAUAAAAAGUCCAAGCAAGAGGACAGCAGUGAUGAUGAGGAGGAUAUUGAUGAACUUAACACAAGAACCGAUGGCCAGUUUGAUUUCCAAGCGCUCAUUAAAUGCUUCUUGCACGGAUACGUUGGAUCUACAGCUAUUGGUCUUCCUGAUGGACGCUAUCGAAGCACAUUUAAUGGACAAUAUUUAAGCAUUCACCCUAGUUCGAUGAUGUUUGGCCAAAAGCGUGAGGCCAUCAUGUAUAUUGAACUUGUUUUUACUCAACGAGCGUCGACUCUUAAGGUUCUGGAAAAAUAUGCUGAAAAAGUCAAUAAAAAUCAAAACAACUGGGCAGGAUUUUCAACAUUCGAUACAAGUGUACUAUUUGUGUCGCACCCUGUCAGCAAUGAAGUUCUUAAGAACAAUAGCAGUCACGUAAAGCUUUACACAGCAAACUUGAAGGAUACCAAAUACAAUUUUUCUGUCUUUUAUAAUUUGUUCACAGAAACAUUUAAAUUACUACAUCCAGUUUAUGGCGAAGAAAAUGAAGUGUUGCCUAAUACUUCUGGUCACAAGAGUGUGUUUACUACACUUGAUAUGAUUGAUCUGAAUGACACAAUCAAUUCAGGUUAUAGGGAGAAACCAAAAUUUCGAAUUCUUGCUGAAUUUCUUGGUUCCCGUCCUUGUGCAGAAAAUAGUGAGCCUUUAACUAUUAUCGUAACUGACUACAGUGAAAAUCCUUUAUUUGGGGCUUUUGAAUUGACAACACAAUACAACAAUGUACCAUUUACUAGUGCUGCUCUUUCUAUUUCAAUUUGGGGUAAAAGGAAUAUGGCCAGUUUUUUGGCACGUUUUAAACAAGGGUCAAUUUUGUAUUUUGACGCUUUAACUUUCAAGCCUUACUUUGGAGAAAAUGAUUUGUUAGAAGCAUCUAUCAGCGAAAGAAAAAGUGAACAGUUUAUUCCCGAAAUUGAUGAAAAAGAUGGAAAUUAUGUUGCUUUUUUGAUGCGCCGAAAACAAUAUCUAAACAAAUUUGGUCAUUCGAGCAAGUCGAUAAAAUGCAAAAUCAAUAAUGAGAGACAAUUGGUACACGUAGCAUGUGUCAAUGAACGAUUGAAAACAAAACGACCUGUUGAAAAAGAGAGUGAAAAUAGCAGUAGAAGUAAAAAACCACGGCACGAGGAAUUUGGUAUAACUAGCCCUGAAAUUAAGCGGGAAAAUGACGAUUCAAAUAUUGAUCUAACUGAUUUCAACAAUAACCUAGAAAACAUUGAACCAGGACAUAGAUUACACGGUGAAGUUCAACAAGAACUAAAAAACCCUAAUGAUAUUCCAGAUGAAAGGGUCUCACAACAUUUUAACCCUCAUUCUGAAGAUUACACAAACCAAAUAAUGUCAGAAGAUGACUACAACGAUGAUUCUAUUGGUUUCAAAAUUAAAACAGAACCCUCUGAUUGUGAUAUUAAUGAUCAAUGUGAAAGAAAUGAUACCCAGAUGGCUAGCGAAACAGAAGUUACAGAAAUUUUCAAUGCUAAAAAAAGGAUCAAUCUAACAGAAAGAAUCAAUCUGAAUACAGAUACAGAGAGUACCAAAAUUAGAAUAGAAAAAUCAAACCAUGGCAAAUAUUAUCUGAAUUUCAGUAUGCGUCUCAAAGACAAUACCGGCAAUGGUAUCGAUGUGUGUAUUUCAGGAAAAGAUGCGGAACAUUUUUUCCAAACAUCAUGCGAUGAUUUAAAAAACCGUCCUAAGAAGAUUAAAGAAGUAAUUAAUAGUCUUGAGGGUAAGAAGGUUGCGAUUCGGGUGUUUUUGUUACAGACACCAGACUUGAAGAGUCCGGUUCAUUUACCAAAUCAAAAUUAUACCGCUCGUUCUUUAAUCUCCACACUUUUAAUGCCAAACAACACCAGCUCAUCAUUUGUGUUUCAAAAACGAACACCCAUACCGGACCAUGAUGUUGCUACUAGAUAUGCUGUCAUAGUCGAUGCUGGUUCCAGUGGUUCUCGAGUCCAAGUGUUUUCAUGGAAAGAUCCCGCAGGACUUCAGUCUUCACUGCUCAAUAACCAAGAAAGCAGCAGAGAAGAAAUUUUAAACUCUGUUCCGGCCAUCACGCAAGACGCUCAGUUCAAUAAAAAGAUUUCUCCAGGGAUAUCUUCGUUUGCUGGAAAUACCAAAUCUUUAUGGAAAGAACAUCUUUUACAACUCAUAGAAGCAGCAGAAAGUGGAGUUCCUGAAAAUGACCGACCUCAUACACCGAUCUUUGUAUUGGCUACUGCAGGAAUGCGACUACUCCCAGAAGCUGACCAGGAAGAGAUUUUGAAAAAAACUUGCGAAGAACUUCAAAUGAAAACUGAUUUUUAUUUACCAGAGUGCCAACAACAUGUAUCGAUUAUCGAUGGUGAAACUGAAGCGCUUUAUGGCUGGAUAUCCUUAAACUAUUUAAUGGAUUCUUUUAACUCACAAGAAAACGAGAUACACAGCAACGUGGAAUCUAAGUCAUUUGGGUUCAUGGACAUGGGUGGUGCGUCUAUUCAAAUUGCAUUUUCCCCCAACUCUACGGAAACGGAGCGUCACCUGAAUGAUUUAUACAAUGUGCGAUUGCGCAACCUGAAUGGUAAUAACCAGGAGUGGAAGGUAUUUGUUUCGUCUUGGUUAGGAUUUGGUGCCAAUGAAGCCAGACGGCGCUAUGCACAGCAUUUGAUUGAAGAGGAGCAUUUUGAGACAAACAGUUACCCUCAGAAACUUCCCCUUGAUCCCUGUUAUCCUCGGGGGCUGAAACAUGAUAUGAAAAUCAAUGUAAAUACGACAAUGUCAUUUGAAGGCAAUGGAAACUUUACAACUUGUCUGCAAAGUAUGCAACCUCUUUUACGGAAAGACCAGCCAUGUGCAGAUGAUCCGUGCUUAUUCAAUGGAGUUCAUGCCCCAGCAAUUGAUUUUGGCACUGAAAAGUUUGUUGGUGUUAGCGAGUAUUGGUACACUGCUAAUGAUAUCUUUAAACUUGGCGGGAAGUACGACUUUGAAACGUUCAGCAGUCAUGUGGCGCAAUACUGUAGCAUGGGCUGGGAUGAUAUUAAGAAAGAAACUAAUCCUGGUGGACGAUUUCAUGAGAUACCCGAGGAUAAGCUUGAAGCUGCGUGCUUUAAGGCGACAUGGGUUAUCAAUAUUUUGCAUUCUGGGUUCCAGCUACCCAUUGAUGAGUCUGGAACCGUGCUGAGUUUGGACAGCAACGGGAAGCUUACCUAUCAGCGAAGGGAUAACAGUGCUAUUUCGCCAUUUACCAGCGUGUCGUCUGUUAAAAGUACAGAAUUAACUUGGAUGCUUGGCCGUGCAGUUUUGUACGCGUCAAGCCAAGUACCAUCGAGCUCUUCAUCAGUUUCGGAUGUAGGGUUCCUUCCUGCAGAUGUUUCAUCUAAACAUUUUGUUGAUGGUGGUGAGCUUGAGGGAUUUGCUCAAUUCACACCUAGCCCGGUAUCUCAAGAAUCAUCGUCAAAGUUGUCGUCAUCGUCAUGGUUAAGCGGUGGCUUUCAAGCGCUUGGAUCGGUUAUGCUGCUGGCAGUAUUGGGGUACUUGAUUUUGUACGUGUUCCAAGUGUUGAAGCACACGCGAUAUUUCAACCUGGUCAUGACAAAGCGCAACAUUGUGUCUGUGCCUAAAGUGAUUAGUCGGUAUGUUGGUGCAGUUAAACACGCUAUAUUUGGUGAUGGAUCAAUGUCGUAUCAAAGAAUGCUUGAGGAAGGAGGUGCGCUUUUGACGGAGACAGGUCGGAGCACUCCAGUUAGUCAUAGCGGGACGAGCUCACUGCACAGCUCACCACCAAAUUUCCGAGACUCGUUUGGUGAAAAUCCCGACGGGUUUGUGCAUUACAACAAUGAACAGCUGCCGGCGCUGCAAUCUCCAUUUGCACCGCAACUGCCUACUGGUCGAUCAUCUAGUAUGGUUGAUUUAUCGCAGUACCAAAACCUGCGACCUCCUUCACGACCUAGCAGCCGCGUGAGCUUAUUCAAUUCCGUGAGCCAUUGGAACGGGCAAACAGGGACUAACAAUAGUGCUCUUCCUACCCUUUUGGGUGGAAAUGGGCCGAACGCUGUUGUUCCACCUCCGGUGGGGGGUCCCGCACCCAAUAUGCUCCGGACAGGAUCAGUGACUCCGCAGGUGCCGCUGCACACUGGGUUUUUAAGUCCCAAGUUUGAUGCAGCUGAGGAAGGUGAUGGGAGCAGUAGUAGGCUAAAUCCAUCACCGCCUUUAAAACGGCCAAGUUCGCGAGUAUUUAGAAAGAACAUGUAA